AUGACCGAAUCACAAUCUAACAGCUUUUCCCAAACCGGUUUCCAGCCUGAGCCCAAUACCUUCUCACAAGGUGGCUUCCAACCUAUACCGAACAGCAUCUUUCGGAGUGGCUCUCAGCAGCAGGAUGGUUUCUCACAGAGCGGAUUUAGAGACGAAGACGGCAAUUUGCUCAAUAUUCCGGAAGUCGAGGCCUUCAAGAUGCCGCCCUCAGCAUCAAGGGAGAAGCGUCCAGCGCCUCUGCAGCCAAAAAAGCGCAUUAUCAUCUGCUGCGAUGGAACAUGGCAAAGCUCCUCUCAUGGCACGCAGACCAUUCCCUCCAAUGUGGCGAAGAUGAGUCGCUCUAUUGCCUCUUGGUACGUGGAUGAGAAUGGAUUGAAGGCCCCGCAGCUCGUGUAUUACGACGCUGGUGUCGGCACUGCCAUGGGCUGGCUUGAAGCCAAGUGGACUGGAGCAUUUGGUGGCGGCCUGGAUGAGAAUGUCUGCGAGGCAUACAACUUCCUCGUCAAUAACUACAAUCCUGGUGACGAGUUGUUCUUCUUCGGCUUCUCCCGAGGAGCAUACACUGUUCGUGCUUGUGCGGGCCUUGUGUGCCGAGCCGGUAUCUGCAAACCACGAGCAAUGGGACAAUUCUGGGAGAUGUACGCCAACUACAAAGCCAUCGAUUCGACAACACCCCUUGAAAGCAGUGCCUGGGGUAAGCGAUGGGACGGCGAAGGCCCACCACCAAAAUUCACCAUCAAAGUCAAGGACGAGGAAUGGGAGUUCAAGACGGGUUCUGGAGCCGACUGGCUUGAUAGUGUUGUGAAGGAUAUCAAGAUCAAGGUUGUGGGUGUAUGGGACACUGUUGGAAGUUUGGGAUAUCCUGACAAUGUAUGGAUCGACACUAAGGCGAAAAACAAACCCUACGGCUUUCAUAACACGGACAUUCAUCCACGUAAGUGA